AAACCACUAAUUAAAAGGGGUGUGAGGAAGACCAACUGGUAACUGCUUUGGAAGCAUACAAUUAGCAGUGCUGCUGCUCCUGCCAGGACUGCUGGAAUUUAUUACACAGUUUCUAAUAGUUCACGCUUAGGACAUGAUUUUGUAGUUUGUUGUUCAUAGAAGCAGCAACACAACUACAAAAUCCUGGGUUAUUCCUUCGUGGAAAUUUGGUCAUAAAUUCUGAGACCUUGAAGGUCAGACUUGUUAAAACAAUAUAAUAUGAUGACACAGAUCAGCUUCUAUACAAGGAGCCCAGGAGUAUGAUGAAGUGUUUCUUUCCAUCGGGAAAAUGCCCCCGCCUACUCGUUCACACACGCUUGUUUCUCCCGCCAAAAUGACGUCAGGCCGAGGCUCUCACCAAACAGCGCCCUAACUGGCGGACAGGCAGGCUCUGCAGCCCAUUGGGCGUCGGCGGCGGCCGAGUAGGGAAAACCAAAGGCCCUUGGGUCUUGCCCGCCCCACCCCCACAGACGCGCGCCCCUCCCCCGGCCAAAGGGAGGGUUGCCCGGCUCCGGCCCUGCACCCCCGACCCCCGGCCCCAGGUGCAGCUCCGCAGCCAUCCCCGGACCAGGGCGGGCACUCGGCCUGCCGCUCAGCGCAACCAGCCCUCGCCCUCCCGAGCCAUGCACAGGGAGACAAGGGUCCGGCAGUGGCCCCCCAGGCCUCCCUGCAGCACCCCGUAAUGUAAUACACUCGGGUGGGGGAGGCGGCGGCGGCGAAGGCAAUCGCGGAGGCGGCGGCGGCAGCCGCACUGCCCCAAUCUAGACACAUCCAGAAAGAGGAGGAAAAUGGCUCCGAGCAGGGACCGCCUGCUGCACUUUGGGUUCAAGGCAACAAUGUUCUCAAAUAGUGAUGAAGCUGUAAUCAAUAAAAAACUUCCCAAAGAACUCCUGUUACGGAUAUUUUCUUUUCUAGAUGUUGUUACCCUGUGCCGCUGUGCUCAGGUCUCCAGGGCCUGGAAUGUUCUGGCUCUGGAUGGCAGUAACUGGCAGCGAAUUGACCUAUUUGAUUUCCAGAGGGAUAUUGAGGGCCGAGUAGUGGAGAAUAUUUCAAAACGAUGUGGGGGCUUUUUACGAAAGUUAAGUCUUCGUGGAUGUCUUGGAGUGGGAGACAAUGCAUUAAGAACCUUUGCACAAAACUGCAGGAACAUUGAAGUACUGAAUCUAAAUGGGUGUACAAAGACAACAGACGCUACAUGUACUAGCCUUAGCAAGUUCUGUUCCAAACUCAGGCACCUUGACUUGGCUUCCUGUACAUCAAUAACAAACAUGUCUCUAAAAGCUCUGAGUGAGGGAUGUCCACUGUUGGAGCAGUUGAACAUUUCCUGGUGUGACCAAGUAACCAAGGAUGGCAUUCAAGCACUAGUGAGGGGCUGUGGGGGUCUCAAGGCCUUAUUCUUAAAAGGCUGCACACAGCUAGAAGAUGAAGCUCUCAAGUACAUAGGUGCACAUUGCCCUGAACUGGUGACUUUGAACUUGCAGACUUGCUUGCAAAUCACAGAUGAAGGUCUCAUUACUAUAUGCAGAGGGUGCCAUAAGUUACAGUCCCUUUGUGCCUCUGGCUGCUCCAACAUCACAGAUGCCAUCCUGAAUGCUCUAGGUCAGAACUGCCCACGGCUUAGAAUAUUGGAAGUGGCAAGAUGUUCUCAAUUAACAGAUGUGGGCUUUACCACUCUAGCCAGGAAUUGCCAUGAACUUGAAAAGAUGGACCUGGAAGAGUGUGUUCAGAUAACAGAUAGCACAUUAAUCCAACUUUCUAUACACUGUCCUCGACUUCAAGUAUUGAGUCUAUCGCACUGUGAGCUGAUCACAGAUGAUGGAAUUCGUCACCUGGGGAAUGGGGCCUGUGCCCAUGACCAGCUGGAGGUGAUUGAGCUGGACAACUGCCCACUAAUCACAGAUGCAUCCCUGGAGCACUUGAAGAGCUGUCACAGCCUUGAGCGGAUAGAACUCUAUGACUGCCAGCAAAUCACACGGGCUGGAAUCAAGAGACUCAGGACCCAUUUACCCAAUAUUAAAGUCCACGCCUACUUCGCACCUGUCACUCCACCCCCAUCAGUAGGGGGCAGCAGACAGCGCUUCUGCAGAUGCUGCAUCAUCCUAUGACAAUGGAGGUGGUCAACCUUGGCGAACUGAGUAUUUAAUGACACUUCUAGAGCUACCGUGGAGUCUCUCCAGUGGAAGCGACCCCAGUGUUCUGGGCAAGGGUUACAAAGUGAGGGAGGGCAGUGUCCAGAUCCCCAGAGCCACACAUACAUACACAUACACAACCUUACCCCCAUCCACUCUAGCUUUGUGACCAUGGGACUAAAGUUUGUGAUGGCUUUAUCAAGUAGAUUGGUAAAAUUUAACCAUUCCUUUUGAGGUGCCCAGAAGAAAAUCAUAGGCCAAGAUAGAGGGAGGGGCAUUUCAGCAAACCCAGCAUUAAUGCUACUGUGGUUUUUAAAUUUAUGUCUAGGGGUUUCUUUGGGGAUUUUGGAACAGCAUCUGCUGUCCUCCGGGGUCAAGAAAAGCAUGGAAAGACAAUAUAUGAUGUACCCAGGGACCAGAAAGAAAAUUUCUUCACAUCUUAGAAAUGGUAGACAUUCAUUGUGACUACAGAGCUUCUAUGCUUCCUUGUUUCCAUACCAACAUGCUGAGCAUGCUCACAAAGAAGGCUCAUCCAUUCCUCCUGUGUUUUAGUAUUUGGCCCAGAGGUUUCCUAAAUGGUUGCAUUGAAAUCACUGUGGUCCAAAUGUAAUUCUUACACACUCAAAUUGUCACUGUCUGUAGCACACUUGUGCACCUGUCUUCCGUUCUCUGUUGCUCCCCCCCCCACACACUCUUGCUCAGUCUGUCACCUGUUCAGUCUGCUUACUCACUCAAUUGUUACCCUUUUGCUGUUGUCGUGUUUACAGUUUGCAUUUUGAAUGAUUAGUUGGGAUUACCAAACAUUUUUUUAAAAUAUAUUAUCAAUAAAUAUUUUUUUAAUUCUAAAUUUUACCAUUAGGGGACCCUGCCUGAAUCUUUGCCAAUCUGAAAGGAAACUAUAAUGAAAGCAAGAAAAGUUAUGAGAAGAAAUUGACUAUUUUGAUGAAAACAGA